AGAUUGAAUUGAUUCAAGGUCACGUGGAUCAGCCCUGUCUUGCUCCGCACCGCUACCUCGGGCGUCUCGGUCCACAGUAGCGGGGACAAGCAGGGUGCAAGAAGCAUAGCUUAAGUUCCCGUCGGCAUUGUCGAGACGCCGGAUUGAAGAGAAAACAAUCACAUCUGCUUUAGAUAUUGCAUAUCGGAACUUCGUGUAUAUUUAAGAUGACAUCUCAACCGGUUGUACCAUUCUCGGAUCCGCCCUAUCUCUGCGGGCUACCAUCACCGAUCUACAAAGAAACACAUCUGAAAUGGCAGAAAGCUUGUCGCGAGUUCAUAACAAAGAAUCUUACGGAAAAUGCCUUGGAAUGGGACAAGGAGAAAACAUUGCCGGGGAGCGUCUGGGAUGAAUUCGUGAAAGUUAACAUGCUUAUUCCCAAUCUUCCUGCUCCUCUGCCUGUCGAGCGCUUGAAAUCACUCGGGAUCAACGACAUUCUUGGGUUGAAGGUGGAAGACUUUGACGCCAUCCACGGCUUGAUCUACGCUGAUGAGAUGGCUCGCAAUGGUCUCGGCGGCCCAAGUGCGUCCCUGACCACUGGUAUCGCGUUCGGCGUGCCUCCAAUCCUGAAGUUCGGAAGCAAGGAACUCCAAGACAGACUGCUGCCGGAUCUUCUCCUCGGCAAGAAGCGCGCGUGUAUUGCCAUUACCGAGCCAGAUGCUGGCAGUGAUGUCGCUAAUAUCACCACUGAGGGUAAGAAGUCCAAGGACGGCAAAUAUUGGAUCAUUACCGGAACGAAGAAAUGGAUCACAAAUGGUAUAUGGGCUCACAUCUCCGCCAUGGCCGUCCGAACAGGCGGUAAAGGCCCAGGCGGCAUCUCCAUGAUCGCCGUCCCACUUCUCGGCCAAGAAGGUGUUGAAAUGCGCCGUAUGACUGUCGGUGGACUCGCCACUUCUGGCACCACAUUCAUCGAGCUCGACGAAGUCAAAGUCCCCGUUGAAAACACAAUAGGCCAAGAAGGCGCCGGGAUGAAGUACAUCAUGACCAACUUCAACCACGAGCGCCUGUCCAUCGCAAUCGGCGCAACAAGGCAGUCCCGUGUUGCACUCAGCACCGCGCUCGAAUACGUCAUGAAGAGGGAGGCGUUUGGCAAGCCGUUGAUCGACCAACCUGUGAUCCGGAAUCGUCUUGCGAGAUGUGGAGCUAUGCUUGAGAGUCAGUGGGCUUGGGUGGAACAGUUCUCGUACCAGAUGACAAAGCUUGAUAAAGCGACCGCGGAUACGGAGCUUGGUGGUCUCACGGCACUUUGCAAGGCGCAGGCGGGUAUUGUCGUCAAUGAGUGUGCGCAGUGUGCUAUUCUCCUCUUUGGCGGGAAUGGAUACACUGCGUCAGGCCAGGGCGAAUUGAUUGAGAGAUUAUACCGAGAUGUGCCAGGUGUGAGAAUACCAGGAGGCUCAGAAGACGUCAUGCUCGAUCUAGCAGUGCGACAACUGGUGAAGAACUACCAACGAAAGACGAAGGAGCUGGGCAAGGGCUCUUCGAAAUUGUAACAUAUACUGAUCUUUUAGCGGAUUCUAUCGAUGUUCUUUUUUUUGGCUGUAUCUUUGUGCGAUAAGUAUUUCUGGAGGAGUAAUAACAGUCGUUUUGUGCAUUACUGGUGAUGCCUGACCAGCGCGAUUCGUGUCAAAAAGAGCGAAGAUACAACUUAUGAAUAUAGCAUCAUGGGGCCUUUGGACAGCUCAGUGAGUGAAUGUACAGGUACAGCUGGUCGUGAGUGCAAGUCAGUGGAAGAAUUCUUGCUAAGUCACGGGACGAC